GCGACAAGUUCGCACCGUUUUCCUUUCUUUCUGUAAAAGCAGUGGUCGAGAUUGACCCUGCUUCAAUUAGAUUGAAAAUAAAUCUUUUAUUAUUUAGAUCAUCGUCAAUUAAUUUUGGAUAUUUAUAAUGUCUGGAAAUUGGGGCAAUAGCCGUGGUGGAAAUGGUGGUACCAAAUUUGGAGGAAAUAAAUUUGCUAAUAAUGGCUCUUCAAAGUUUGGGGGCUCGAAAUUUGGGGGAGGUAGUGGUGGUGGUGGUGGUCGUUUUGGUGGCUUUGGAGGUAAGAAAGACUUUUCGGGUGGUCAGAACAUGCGGAGACCUAACUGGGACACCUUAACUCUACAACCAUUCAAUAAAGAUUUUUACAAUCCACAUAAAGAAGUAUUAAAUAGAUCUGCUUAUGAAGUAGAAGAAUACAGAAAUGAACAUGAAAUUACUGUUAGUGGAUUAGAUGUUCCCAAUCCAAUACAACAUUUCGAAGAAGCCAACUUUCCUGAUUAUGUCAUGCAGAGUAUAAGCAAUAUGGGUUACAAAGAGCCUACAUCAAUUCAAGCACAAGGCUGGCCAAUUGCUAUGUCAGGAAAGAAUUUGGUUGGCAUUGCUCAAACUGGAUCUGGUAAAACACUGGCAUACAUACUACCUGCUAUAGUACAUAUCAACAAUCAGCCAAAAAUAAGACGUGGGGAUGGCCCUAUUGCUUUAGUCCUGGCUCCAACUAGGGAGUUAGCUCAGCAAAUCCAACAAGUAACUACUGAAUUUGGUAACACAUCUUAUGUCCGUAAUACAUGUGUAUUUGGUGGAGCACCAAAGAGAGAGCAAGCUCGUGAUCUGGAAAGAGGUGUGGAAAUCGUCAUUGCUACGCCUGGAAGACUAAUAGAUUUCUUAGAAAAAGGCACCACAAACCUACAACGCUGCACUUAUUUGGUCCUCGAUGAAGCUGACCGCAUGUUAGACAUGGGUUUUGAACCUCAGAUUAGGAAGAUCAUAGAACAGAUUCGCCCAGAUAGACAAACUCUAAUGUGGUCUGCAACAUGGCCCAAAGAAGUGAAAAAAUUAGCUGAAGACUACUUGGGAGAUUACUUGCAAAUUAACAUUGGAUCACUACAGCUUUCUGCAAACCAUAAUAUUUUACAGAUAGUUGAUGUUUGUCAAGAACAUGAAAAGGAAAACAAAUUAAAUGUAUUAUUACAAGAAAUAGGCCAAAGUCAAGAGCCAGGGGCUAAGACUAUAAUAUUUGUUGAAACUAAAAGGAAAGUCGAGAAUAUAACUAGAAAUAUCAGGCGGUAUGGUUGGCCAGCAGUCUGUAUGCAUGGUGAUAAAACUCAGCAAGAAAGAGAUGAAACAUUAUAUCAAUUCAAACAAGGCCGUGCCAGUAUUCUUGUUGCGACUGAUGUUGCAGCCAGAGGAUUAGAUGUGGAUGGAAUAAAGUAUGUUAUUAACUUUGAUUAUCCUAACUCUUCUGAAGAUUAUAUUCACCGAAUUGGUAGAACAGGUCGAUCAAAAACCAAAGGAACAUCUUAUGCAUUUUUCACACCUUCCAAUUCACGUCAAGCUAAAGAUCUAGUAUCUGUACUUCAAGAAGCCAACCAGUCUGUCAAUCCGCAACUUCAAUCAAUGGCUGACCGAUGCGGCGGCGGUGGUGGUGGUUGGAAUAGAAACCGAUUUGGAGGACGUGGAGGAGGCGGAUCUUUUAAACGUAAUAAUUUCUCCAGGGGCCAUGGAGGACAAGGGGGUGGUGGUAACCAUAAAAGAUUUAAUGAAUAUUAAAUGUUUAGAUAUAAUAAAUGUAGCAAAUCCUCAUAGGAAUACUUGAUCGUGUGAGUGUAAUAGAUUUGGCUCUGAUUGUUUGAGUUUUCAGUAUGCUAGUUAUUUAUUCAGAGGUCAAUUAUGCAUCCAUAUUAUUUUGAUCAUCUUUACUUAAGUUUAUUGCACUGUGAUAUUUUUAUUAUCUGUGAUUCUAGUGAGGAUUAGCUAAAACAGUUCACUAAAUCGUGGACUUACAAAAUAAGUAAAAUAUGAUUGAUUUCCUCGAUAAAUAUAUUUUUGUUAAUAUUUCAUUUCCAGAGUAAUAUUUAAUUUAUUCUGCAAAAGUUUUUUACGGUCUAUGUAUUUUCUCAUUCAUUCCAUUGUUCCGUUAUCCUUUGUCCUUGUGUAUAAAAUAGUUAAUAAAUGGAUAAUUUAUAUGAAAA